AUGAGUGUUGGAUUCAUUGGAGCGGGCCAGCUGGCUCAUGCGCUGGUCAAAGGUUUCACGGCUGCAGGUGUGAUCGCUACACACAGGAUCACAGCCAGCUCCCCAGACACUGACCUGCCCACUGUUACUGGUCUAAGGAAAAUGGGUGUGAGCCUGACAACAAGUAAUAAAGAGACCGUGAACAAGAGCGAUGUGCUCUUUCUGGCUGUCAAGCCACACAUUAUCCCAUUUGUUUUGGAUGAAAUUGGGCCAGACAUUGAAGACCGCCAUCUGAUCGUCUCGUGUGCUGCAGGUGUCACCAUCAGCUCCAUAGAAAAGAAACUGCUUCAGUAUCGCACAGCCCCAAAAGUCAUGAGGUGUAUGACUAAUACUCCCGUGGUAGUGCGAGAAGGAGCUACAGUAUAUGCUACUGGCACUCAUGCAGAGGUGGAGGACGGGAAGUUGCUAGAGCAGCUGAUGGCCAGUGUCGGUUUCUGUACUGAAGUGGAGGAGGACCUCAUUGAUGCUGUCACUGGUUUGAGUGGCAGUGGACCUGCCUAUGCGUUCACAGCACUGGAUGCACUAGCAGAUGGAGGAGUGAAAAUGGGUCUGCCCAGGAGACUCGCUGUCCGACUCGGAGCUCAGGCCCUUUUGGGAGCAGCUAAGAUGCUGCUGGACUCUGAGCAACACCCGGGCCAGCUGAAGGACAAUGUGUGCUCACCAGGUGGCGCUACCAUUCACGCCCUCCAUGUCAUGGAGAGCGGAGGGUUCCGCAGUCUUCUGAUCAAUGCAGUAGAAGCGUCUUGUAUUAGGACACGGGAGCUUCAGUUUUUGGCUGAUCAAGAGCGCAUCUCUCCAGCAGCCAUCAAGAAGACCACACUGGACAAAGUUCUCCAGCAACCCGGUGUCACAGUCAGUGGAAUGGGCAAUGGAAACGGAAGAUCAGGGCUCAGCCUUUUCAACAACAACCGUAGCUCUGGAAUCAAGAAAAAGAACUGA